AUGACACCGUCUACGAAGGCGACCACCGUUCUACACCUUUUACCUUGCCAGGUGGACGCAAAUCGGCCUACAGAGAAAUCUUUGGUUAAGAAUCUAAGGAGACUCAUAUGGGUCAGUCAUACGAGCGUCAAAGAUGGAAGAUUCGACCCUGAUGCGCUGCUUUUCUAUGCGGUCAAACCCAUCCAAGUAGAUUGCGAUUUGAGUUCAAUAGAAGAGAAGGUUCAGGAGUUAGAGAGGAGUUGGGCUGUCAUACAGGAAAGAGCACUGAAGCAGCCUUCUCCAGCUCAAAGAGAGAAGACACUGGACAAACAACUUCAUAGUCUAAUCGAGCAAUUAGCUGCAAAGCAGAGGGGAUUGUUGGCGAGAUUUCAUUCGAAUGAGAUGGAGUUAGAGAGGCUAAACAAUCUGUCGAGAAGAUAUGAGAGCUUAAACGUUGAGGGGAAUACUGCAAGGAACAGAUUCAAGAGAACAAACUCAGAUAGGGGAUUUGGAUCAGACCACGAAGUUGAUGCUCAUUCCUACCUUCCAUAUUCAUCUGCUACAAGAAAUGAAACCCAGACAAGGCUUAUGUAUCUGAGUCCCUGGUGUAACCCUAAUUUAGCGAGAAAGUCUCCACUUGUCUCCGUGGAACGAAGCAUGGGCGAAUCCGAGACUGAGUACUUCUCCAACGAUGAUCGUAUGAUCGUCAUGUGGAACAUGGAUGACUACCCAAUCCCUCCUGGUGUCGAUAUUCGUUCUAUUCGUCCGACUAUCGUAGCCGCUCUUAGGAAGAUGGGCUUCUCUGGGCGUGACCAAAUUUGGGCGUAUGGUGGCCGUGUGCCCUACGGCCUAGGGGAGUUGGCUAAGGAAGCAAUCACGUACGUACCGGAAAGCGAAUUCUAUGUGGCUGAUUUUAUAAUGCCUGUGGACAUGAUUUAUGGCCUUCGUGCAUCAACAAAUGCUUUCGUGAUGGCGAAACAAAGACCAGAAAGCGAGUUGUACAGGGUUCAGCAGUGUUUGAAAUCGAGGGAUCACAUCAUUCUCGUCCUAGUAGAUGACGACACCGCAGCACAAGAAAGUCCAUUCCAGUCUGAACAAUCACUUGUUGAUCGUACACGCGUUUUUGGUGGAGGAAAGCCUCUAAACAUAAACAGCUCCGGCGUAGACGAAGCUGUUUUUGAAGAAUUUUUCAAGAACGAAUCUUCUUCCGAUGGAGGAAACAGCAUAGACAGUUGGGAGGAUGCUAGCACAGAUAUCUCCAAGAUAAUAGAUUUCUCCGAGCCUAUCCCACCCGUCCAAGAGAACGAUAGGACAGUCGUCUUCUGGGACGUCGGGGAUUGCCCGUUCCCUGUUGGUUCCCCUCCUGAUGAGAUCUAUAGCAGAAUCUACGAAGCUCUUCGUAAAAGAAACUGUGGUGGUGAUGUUAAAAUCUGGGCCUACAUUGAUGAGAAGAGUGGUGAGCAUCUGCGUAACAAGACGUGGCCUUCCAGACUCUACUUUCUUCCCGGCGGGGCCUCGAGACGUAAUAGAAUGUUGAAUGACAUUCUUAUACUGGUAAUCGGCUCUGAUGAGGCGGAGGAAUCUUAUCAAUCAAAUGUGGUCGUAGUCUCAGAUCAAUUCAGAGGGGAUUUCUUCAACAAUCGGCUUGAAGGGUUGAGUGACGGCUACCGUUACUUUGUUUACUUAGUAACUCCGACUGAGAGUGUCAACAAACCAGAUGUCCUUGAAUGGCCAGGAUUGCUAUUAGAUCACGUAGUCUCCUUCCCAAGACCCCAAAUCCCUGCGGCGGCCGAAGUAACGCCUCCUCCUCUCAAAAAGCAUAAACCGGAUGCGGCCCAAGAAACAGCUGAGAGAGGUCGGGCUGAUAUGUGCACUAGCUAGCGCGUCUGUUCGUAGCCGUGGAUGGGUGCAUUGCAGCGUAUUUGUAUCAAAAAAACUCUGUUUUAUUUGAACUUUUCUAUUUCCUCAUUUUAAACUGCAAACUGUUACGUUAAUUCUAUUACAUUCUCUUUUAUUAAUUGUUUUGACUUUCUUGAGCCUCAAAACAAAAAAGGUAAGCUUUCGUCUAA